CAAUAAUGAGCCGUGCUAAUCCUUCUGUUAUGAUAACAGUUUUCUCACGUACCGUCGCUUAAUUUCAACGGAGUACAGACAUGGAGGUGCCAUGCUACCUGCCCAAACUGCUGUUGGAGCUCAAUGAGCAGCGUAAGAGGGACUUCUUCUGUGACUGCAGCAUCCUCGUUGAAGGCCGGGUCUUCAAGGCCCAUCGGAACGUGCUGUUCGCUGGGAGCGGCUAUUUCCGGGCUCUUCUGGUUCACUAUCUGCAGGACAGUGGGCAGCGCUCCAGCACAGCAUCGCUGGACAUUGUGACAGCCGACGCCUUCUCGAUUAUCCUCGACUUCCUUUACUCUGGCCGCUUGGCCCUGAACAGAAGCAAUGUCAUCGAGGUGAUGUCAGCGGGCAGCUACCUGCAGAUGACCGACCUGGUGAACUUCUGUAAGGGAUACAUCCGCUCGUCACUGGAAAUAUGCAACAAGGAGAAGGAGAGGAAAAUGGAGACGGAUGGAGGGACGGGUCCCGCAGACAGCGGCACUCGUGCUGCGACGGUCGCUUGUGGCGCAGCGGCUGUGGAGCCUCAUUCACAGGCCGCAGGGGCCGAGGGAGGGUCGCGUUUAAGUCCGAAGGCCAGAACCCCCUCGGCCGUCCCCGUCGCCACAACUCUGAGCUCAAACAGAGACGUGGACAGCGACUACCACUCCAGGGAGGAAUUCAUAUCUGGGAGUGAAGGACAGAAAGGACACAUGGAUCAGACAAACCUCUCGUCCUCUUCAUCAUCUGCUCUGACCCCCGAGUUGGUGAACCCCAAAAUAGAGUACGACCCCGAUGAGGAACUCACGGAGUCCCCUGACACCAAAGACCUGGCCUCGUAUCCCGGGACCUCUCUCCGUAAUCCUCAUCCCGGCCGACUACUUCCUCCCUCUCCGUCCAAUGAGCGCUCUCCCUUGGGAUACAGCCCUUCUUUUAACGCCAGGCAGCUGAUGGAUAUUCUGUCCCGAAGUGAAGGCCCCAGUCCGCCGGGACAGCGUUUCAACCAAGGGCAAGGUAGCAGCACCGGAGAAGGCAGAAUGGAUGAUGGCUUAGGGUUCGUGGGGUCCUCCAUCAUGGAGAUCCAGUCUGAUUGGCUCGGAGAGGAAACAGGUGACGGUUUGGUGGUGCAGGUGAAACUCCACAAGUGCCCAUUCUGUCCGUACACCGCCAAGCAGAAAGGGAUCAUGAAGAGACACAUCCGCUGCCACACAGGAGAGAGGCCCUUCCCCUGCCCCAUGUGCGGCAAGAGGUUCACCAGACAGGAGCACCUUCGCAGCCACGCCCUCAACGUCCAUCGGCACAACUGGCCGGUGCCGUGUAAGAGCUGCAGGCGGACCUUCACUGGAUCCGGCGUGACACCGGGACUCCGACGCUUCGGCAUCUGCGACAGCUGCAACUGCGUGACCACCACUCACGAGGAUAUCGCCAGCGCCCACCCGGCCGGCCAGGCGGAGCCCAUGGAUCGCGGGGGCGUGGCCACAGACUGGUCCAGUUUUAUGGACGAUGUCGACGAGGUGGAGGUGGGCAGAGUGGAGGACUUGGUGGAGAAACAGGUGCUUGAAAGGCAGCUGGCUGUCUGCACUGAUGUGGUGAAUUUGUAGUCUGCUGGCCAAACUGUUUUUAAUGUUAAAUUAUGACUGAAAUAAUGCCUUAUUUAUGGACUAAUUCUAUUGGAACCAGAACAAAUAAUGUGUCCUUUUCACUGUAGUAGAUAUCAUGCUCCAGGGAUUUUGCCUGGCAGCAAAUAGCCCCAGUGGUUUAAAAAUAUUUUAAAUCACAAAUUUGGUCUUUUAUUUUUGCUCAAAUGUAUGUGCUGCACAUAAACAGAAAAAACUGAUUAUCAACAACAUAGCUUGUUGCAUGUUUGGUUUCAUAGAUAACAGUUUGCUUUGGGGUUAUUUUGGGGCAACUGUGGAUUUUGCAACAGAUGUGCUGACAGAUGUGCUGGGUAAUUGUUGACUUACACUGCCGGUCAACGGUUUGGAGUCACCAGGUGUGUUGAGGUUUUUCCUUCAGUGGUGACUAUUUUAGAGAAAGAGAGGCAUUCAAAUGUAGACUAAAUGUAGUAUUUACUUUUAAAAUAGUUUGGGCCCAAAAAGAAGAGGAAUUACCUGACACCUUUUUUUUGUGUUUAUUCAAAGUCGCCUCAUGCCAGGGGAGAAUACUGUUGAAACGACUAUUUCCUCCAAACACCCAUAAAUAAAUGACCCAAGAUUAUUCUUCAAACACAACGGUGCACCUGGGCUCUAGAUAUUGUGGGCCUUCUGCAGUCGACCCAGUGUUGGGAUUAAAAAGGUUCACACUUGA